AUGAAUGAAGCACAAGCCUUUGUCAACCAGAACAUGGCAGCUAGAAAUGAGCACCAGGCUCAGAUGAAUCAGAACCAGGCGGCCAGAAAUGAGCACCAGGCUCAUAACAUGCAAAGAAUCCAAGCUCCACCUGUUGAGAACAACAAUUUUGAAGUGAAGGCAUCACUUCUCAACAUUGUGCAGAACUCUAAGUUCCAUGGCCUGCCUAUGGAGGAUCCACUUGAUCACAUUGAUCAAUUUGACAGAGUCUGUAAUCUGACAAAGAUUAAUGGGGUAUCAGAGGAUGGUUUUAAGUUAAGAUUGUUCCCUUUCAGCUUGGGAGACAAGUCUCAUCAGUGGGAGAAGAACUUACCUAGAGGAUCCAUUCAAACGUGGGACCAGUCAAUGAAGCUGGUAGAGAACUUAGCUAUGAGUAAUGACACUUAUGGAGAAGAUUAUGAAAGAGCAAACAGAACUGAGGGCUCAAGUAAAGAGCAAAGAAUGGAGAGAGAGCUUAAGGAGUUGAGAAGCCAAGUAGAUAAGAUGAUGGUUGCUUCUCAAAAGCCCAUUCACUUUGUUGGUGAAUGUGAUGACCAGUCUCCAAUUUUUGACAAUGUCAAUGAAGAAGGACUUAUUCAAGAGGAGCUGAACUAUAUAGGGAAUCAGAAAAAGUUUCAAAGGUACAAUAACUUCAACACCAACCAGAACUUGUCUUAUAGAAUCACCAAUGUAGCAAAUCCUCAAGACCAACAACUUCUACAAGGUCAACAAAGAGUUGAAAACAGUUACUCUGAUUUGGGUUCAAAAUAUGAGGCUAUUCAACAAAAGAUCAAAGAGUUAGAGAAGAAUCAAGCUUCUUCAUCAAGACAACAAGGAACUUUACCUGGUAAACCUGAACCUAAUCCCAAGGAAUAUGCUCAUGGCAUUACUCUUAGAAGUGGCAAGUGCUCACUGAAGACAAUGAGCAAGUUGGUGGGGAGGCAGCUCAAAGGAGAUGUGGUGCCUGAGAAACCAUAUGUUCCACCACCACCAUAUCAGCCUAAAUUUCCAUUUACAGGGAGGUUUAAGAAGCAAAUCUUAGAGAAAGCUAGAGCAGUGUUUGAUAAGCAGCUAAGAGAGACCAACUUUACAGUUCCAAUCAUAGAAGCAUUCCUUAUGAUCCCACAACUUGGGAAGUUUUUGAAGGAUGCUAUCUUGAACAGAUCAAAAGAGCUUCAAGGUAUGGUUGUUUUAAGCCAUGAGUGCAGUGCUAUAAUUCAAAGGAAGACAAAUCCAAGGAAGCUUUCUGAUCCAGGGAGCCUCACUCUACCUUGCACCAUUGGUCAUUUAAAGUUUUCUGGUUGUCUUUGUGAUCUUGGAGCUUCAGUAAGUCUAAUGUCAUUUUUAGUUGCACAAAGGUUGGGUUUUAGAGUGUUCAAGCCAGCUAAGACAUCAUUGGUUUUAGCUGAUAGAUCAGUGAGGCUUCCCAUAGGUUUACUUGAAGAUCCAUCUGUUAAGGUAGGAGGCUUUGAAGUCCCCACUGACUUCAUAGUCUUAGAAAUGGAUGAGGAACCAGUGAAUCCACUCAUCUUGGGAAGACCAUUCCUUGCUACAUCAGGUGCAAUAAUUGAUGUGAGAGGAGGCAAGAUUGAGUUGCACCUUGGAUCAGAAUCUCUUACAUUAUUGAAACAAUGGAUGAAUUGGCUAAUGAGCUGUGAACAUGGGUUCUUAGCUGAGGAGAGUGAAGCAUACAAGAUGGUGUUGGAUCAGCAUAAGGCAGGCCAUGGUUCAGAAAAUCAGUUUUUGGAAAUGGAAACAAGCGGCCUUGAGGUUCAGAGCAUCAUUGGGUUCAGUACAAGCCAAGGUCCAGUUCAAGAGUGUAUGGCUGUGGGUAUAGAGGCUGAGCAGGAGGUCAAGCUGGCUGAUGAGAUGAACACCAAAGAAGCUCCGGCUGAGCAAGGAGGUUUCUUGGCUGAUUGGGAUGAGACCAAGGCGCCCUCUGUUGAGCUCAAGCCUUUCUUGGCCUUAAUUCACUUUAUCCUGUCAUCAUCAUUGAUAGGUUGUUAG